AUGGCUACCACCAAGUCUGGUCAGCCCUUCGACCGCUCUGUAUGCGAGAGUCUUCUCCGUAGACGACUAUUCUUUACUCCCUCCUUCGAAAUUUAUGGUGGGGUAUCUGGUCUAUACGACUAUGGCCCUCCAGGAUGCGCUCUCCAGGCUAACGUUGUCGAUUUGUGGAGGAAACACUUUGUUUUGGAGGAGGACAUGCUGGAAGUCGACACCUCUAUGCUCACCCCCCAUGACGUUCUGAAGACUAGCGGCCAUGUCGACAAGUUUGCCGACUGGAUGUGCAAGGACCCAAAGACUGGAGAGAUAUUCCGAGCAGAUCAUCUAGUGGAAGAGGUUCUUGAAUCGAGGUUGAAGGGUGACAAGGAAGCCCGUGGCCAGAAGGUGGUGGUGGACGAAGAGAAGGACGCAAAGAGGAAGAAGAAGGUCAAGGAAACCAAGGUUGUCAAGCUAGAUGAUGCUGUCGUGACCGAAUAUGAAGAAGUGCUGGCUCAGAUUGACAACUAUGAUGGCCCGGAACUGGGUGCCCUCAUUGUCAAAUACGACAUCAGGAACCCUGCCACCAAUGGCGAACUGCUGCCACCAGUUUCGUUCAAUCUCAUGUUCCAAACAGCUAUUGGCCCAAGCAGCAACCUCCCCGGUUACCUUCGACCAGAGACCGCUCAGGGACAGUUUCUUAACUUCCAGAAGCUCCUCGAGUUCAACCAGCAGUCUAUGCCCUUUGCAUCUGCCUGUAUUGGUAAAUCUUUCCGUAACGAAAUCUCCCCGCGCUCCGGCCUCUUGCGCGUACGUGAAUUUCUGAUGGCAGAGAUCGAACAUUUCGUGGAUCCUGAGGGUGGAAAGAAGCAUCCUCGUUUCCACGAAGUGCAGGAUGUGGAGUUGGCCUUCUUAAACCGUGAGGUCCAACUCUCCGGUAGCACAACUACAACAAAGAUGAGUAUUGGAAAGGCUGUCUCAACCGGUCUUGUAGACAACGAGACUUUGGGAUACUUCCUUGCCCGCAUCUACCUAUUCCUCAAGAAGAUCGGCAUUGACGAGUCAAAGAUUCGAUGGCGCCAACAUAUGCAAAAUGAAAUGGCACAUUACGCAACCGACUGCUGGGAUGCAGAAUUGUUUACAAGUUAUGGUUGGAUCGAAUGCGUUGGCUGCGCUGACAGAAGUGCUUACGAUUUGACUGUCCACAAAAACAAGACCGGCGCACCCCUCGUUGUGAGGCAGACAAGAGCAGAGCCACUUCGAAUUGAGGAAUGGCUGGUUGAUAUUGACAAGAAGAAGUUCGGGCCUCGCUUCAAGAAGGAUAGCAAAACCGUCGAAGCCGCAAUUGAGGCUCUGACUCAAGAUGUUCGAGAGAAACUUUCUUUUGACCUUGAAAAGAAUGGCAAGAUAGAGAUCGCCGUAGAGGGAGUUGGCGAAGGUACAGUUGAGAUUGGCAAAGACCUUGUUCAGAUCGAAAAGCGUACAAGGGUAGAAAAUGUUCGAGAAUAUACUCCUAAUGUUAUCGAACCAUCAUUCGGAAUUGGUAGGAUUCUCUACUGUUUGAUGGAGCACGCGUACUGGUCAAGGCCAGAUGAUGAAGCUCGCGGUGUACUUUCUUUCCCACCAGCCGUUGCCCCUACCAAGGUUCUGCUGGUCCCUCUUUCCACUCAUGCAUCAUUCCAGCCACUCAUCCAACGCCUAACCCUUAAACUACGCCGCCUCGGCGUUUCCAACCGUGUCGAUGAUUCGUCAGCAAGUAUUGGUAAACGUUACUCAAGAAAUGACGAGCUUGGAACGCCGUUCGGUAUCACGGCCGAUUUCCAAUCCGUAAAGGACAACACCUUCACACUCCGUGACCGAGACACCACGAAACAGGUCCGCGCCAGUGAAGAUGAAAUCUGCAACGCCAUUAAGAGCCUAGUCGAUGGAGACGAGACCUGGGAAGAUAUCCUAAAACGACUUCCAGAGUUCACAGGCCAGGAGAUUGAGUAA